GCGCCAUUUCCUGCCAGGCCGGGGGAACGUGACGCCACGCGCAGCUUGAUGACGACAUUUCGGCGCCGGGUCGCCGAAUGGCGGCCGCGGUUCAUAAAACCGGAGACGCUGUGGUUCCUUCAGUGGUCCUCUAAGACGCCUGGUCUGGACCCUGCCCAGGAGGCUGCCAUGGCAUUCCCCCACCUGCAGCAGCCCAGCUUCCUGCUGGCUAGCCUGAAAGCCGACUCUAUAAAUAAACCGUUUGCACAGCGGUGCCAAGACUUGGUUAAAGUCAUCGAGGACUUUCCAGCAAAGGAGCUGCAUGCCAUCUUCCCGUGGCUGGUUGAGAGCAUUUUUGGCAGCUUGGAUGGCGUCCUGGCUGGGUGGAACCUCCGCUGCUUGCAGGGCCGCGUGAGCCCUGUAGAGUACAGCAUCGCCAUGGAAUUCCUAGACCCCGGGGGCCCAAUGAUGAAGUUGGUUUAUAAGCUUCAAGCUGAAGACUAUAAAUUUGACUUUCCUGUCUCUUACCUGCCUGGCCCCGUGAAGGCGUCCAUCCAGGAGUGUGUGCUCCCCGACAGCCCUCUGUACCACAACAAGGUCCAGCUCCCCCCAGCCGGGGGCUUUGGCCUGCACCUGGCCCUCAAUCCAUUUGAAUAUUACAUGUUCUUCUUUGCUUUGAGCCUCAUCACUCAAAAGCCGCCCCCUGGGGCCCUCCACGUCCGCACUUCAGACUGCGCCUACUUCAUCCUGGUGGACAGGUACCUGGCGUGGUUCCUGCCCACAGAAGGCAGCGUGCUCCCCCCUCUCUCCUCCAGCCCGGGGGGACCCAGCCCCUCACCGGCUCCCAGGACGCCAGCCGUGCCUUUUGCGUCCUACGGCCUGCACCACACCAGCCUCCUGAAGCGACACAUCUCUCAUCAGACAUCCGUGAAUGCAGACCCCGCCUCCCAUGAGAUCUGGAGGUCGGAGACGCUGCUCCAAGUUUUUGUUGAAAUGUGGCUUCAUCAUUAUUCUUUGGAGAUGUACCAAAAAAUGCAGUCCCCUCACGCCAAGCUGGAGGUCCUGCACUACCGACUCAGUGUCUGCAGCGCCCUCCACAGCCCUGCCCAACCCAGCCUCCAGGCCCUCCACGCCCACCAAGAGUCCUUCAUGCCCACCGAGGAGCAUGUGCUGGUGGUGCGGCUGCUGCUGAAGCACCUGCACGCCUUCGCCAACAGCCUGCGGCCUGAGCAGGCCUCACCCUCCGCCCACUCCCACGCUGCCAGCCCCCUGGAGGAGUUCAAACGGGCCGCCGUCCCGAGGUUUGUCCAGCAGAAGCUCUACCUCUUUCUGCAGCACUGCUUUGGCCACUGGCCCCUGGACGCCUCGUUCAGAGCUGUCCUGGAGAUGUGGCUGAGCUACCUGCAGCCCUGGAGGUACGCGCCUGAGAAGCAGGCCCCGAGCAGCGACUGUCAGGCCCGGAGUGUGUCAGAGAGAUGGGCGCCCUUCGUGCAAGAGAACCUGCUUGUCUACACCAAGCUCUUCCUGGGCUUCCUGAGCCGCGCACUGCGCACGGACCUCGUCAGCCCCAAGAACGCACUCAUGGUGUUCCGCGUAGCCAAGGUCUUCGCGCAGCCAAACCUGGCUGAGAUGAUCCAGCGGGGCGAGCAGCUGUUCCUGGAGCCUGAGCUGGUCAUCCCCCACCGCCAGCACCGGCUCUUCACGGUGCCCACGUUCACCGGCAGCUUCCUGUCGUCAUGGCCACCAGCCAUCACCGACGCCUCCUUCAAGGUGAAGAGCCACGUGUACAGCCUGGAAGGCCAGGACUGCAAGUACACCCCAAUGUUCGGGCCCGAGAUCCGGGCACUGGUCUUGCGUCUGGCUCAGCUCAUCACACAGGCCAAGCAGACGGCCAAGUCCAUCUCUGACCAGUAUGGGGAGAGCACAGCCGCCCGUCCCUUCCUGUCGUGGCUGGGCUUCUACCCCGCGGACACCAACGGCUCCUACCCGGGCAAUGACCUGGACGAGAUGGGGCAGGACAGUGUCCGCAAGACAGACGAGUACCUGGAGAAGGCCCUGGAGUACCUGUGCCAAGUGUUCCGGCUCAGCGAGGCCCAGCUUGCCCAGCUCACGCUCGCCCUGGGGACCACGCAGGAUGAGAACGGGAAGAAGCAGCUCCCAGACUGCAUCGUGGGCGAGGACGGACUCAUCCUCACGCCCCUGGGCCGGUAUCAGAUCAUCAACGGGCUUCGGCGCUUUGACAUUGAGUACCAAGGGGACUCAGAGCUCCAGCCCAUCCGGAGCUACGAGAUUGCCAGCCUGGUCCGAGUGCUCUUCCGACUGUCCUCCGCCAUCAACGGCAGGUUCGCAGGUCAGAUGGUGGCCCUGUGUUCGCGGGCCGACUUCCUCGGCAGCUUCUGUCGCUACCACCUCCUGGAGCCUGGGCUAUCGGACAGGCGCCUGCUGAGCCCCGUGGGGCGGGGGCGUGCGGCCAGCCUUGCCCGGGGCCCCCGGCUCAGCCUGCGCUUCCUGGGCAGCUACCGGACGCUGCUGGCCCUGCUGCUAGCCUUCUUCGUGGCCUCUCUGUUCUGCAUCGGGCCCCUGCUCUGUGCCCUGCUCCUCGUGCUGGGCUAUGUCCUCUACGCCGUGGCUAUGACGCUGCUAACCGAGCAGGGCAAGCUGCACCAGCUCUGACUGUGGGCCAGCCACCGCCCCCAGGCACCAGGGAGGCCACUCUGCACCCAACACCUGUCACCUUCGUGCUUCCAGGGGGCAUUUUCUUGC